AAACAAGUGGAUAAUAAUUACGAGUAAUAGAAAAGUUUCACGCACCCGUUCGCUUGUGUCAAAAGAAAGAGAAAGGCCGUUUUCACGAGACGAUGUGCCCCAGUCGUCGGAUGUCGCUGCAUGUGGACUCCUCAGCUUGUCAUCACCCUCGAGCCCCCGAAAGCAAUCAUUCCGUAUGUCAAAGCGAAUAAGAACAGGGCAGAAGCAGGACAGAGCUUGACUGCUGUCAAUGAAUCUACAAUCAGCCCUCAAAUUUCCUGGUGAACCCUUCAAAUCCUGGGAAGAGAACGGGAGUCGCACGUCCAAUGAAUACGUAUGACAGAGGCGGCCCAGGGCUAUCCGGGAACGCGUUCGACAGAUGGGUGCAGCGCUCGGACACAUCGGACGACUCGGCGAUAUCGAAGAUGCAGCACCAGUACUGGGUGACCAAGCAAGCCCUGUCGCGAAAGCUCGGUAAAAAGGAGGACGAGUGCAUCGUCGCCUCGGACGCCGAAUUGGACGCCAAGUUGGAGCUCUUCCGGAGCAUCCAGGAGUCCUGCUCCUACCUGCAACGCGUGAUCGAUAAAUACCAAGAGAGACUGUGCAAUCUCGCUCAGGAGGAGAAUGCGAUGGGCCGUUUCCUGAAGGAGGCGGGCAAACAGGACAAGACUCGCGCCGGGAAGAUGAUGUCAGCCGUGGGAAAGUCGUUGUCCUACUCAGGGCAACAGCGGCUCGCCCUGCGGGCGCCUCUGGUGAGGCUCUACCAGGAGGUCGAGACCUUUCGACAGCGCGCCAUUGAGGACACACUGCAGAACGUCCAGUGCAUGGAGAAGGCGCGCACCGAGUAUCGGGCUGCCCUGUCCUGGAUGAAGAACAUAUCCCAGGAGCUCGACCCGGACACCUCGAAGCAGCUCGAGCGCUUCAGGAAAGUCCAGAUGAGAGUGCGCAGGGGAAAGGCUGCCUUCGACAAUCAGGCCCUCGACUGCCUCCAGAAGGUCGACCUCCUGGCCGCCGCCAGGUGCAACAUGUUCAGCCAUGCACUUGUGCUGUACCAGAGUACCUUGCUGAAUUUUACGAAGAAAUCCGCUCAGGCGUACGCCACGAUUGCCAACAGCUUCAAGGGGUAUCAGAGGUACGAUUUCAUGGUUGUAAAGGAACUGGCUGAGCCCUCGACGAAAUUAGCCCAGGAAACCGGUGGUGAUGAGGAUGAGAAUAAAGAUAAACUACUAUUUUUUGAUGAGUAUCAGGACAGCGUGGAGGAGGCGCAGGAGGCCAAGCCGAGUGAGAAGGUUCAGGAGAAGAAUGAUCAAAAAGAGGAUAAACUGUUGGAUUUUGAGGAGGAGAGUAAAGAGGACUUUGAUCUGGAAUCCAUUGAUCUCGCGCAGAAGACGGUUUCAAGAGAUAAAGAGCUGGAGGAGUUCUUUGGAAAUGGAAGUGACAAUCGCCCUAUGGACGUCAAUCACACGACUGAACUCGAGAAGAGUCUGGCAGAGCUGGACCUGGUGAUGGACUCGUUCGUCGGUGGCCCCUUGAGCUUUGACUUCACAGAUAAAACGUCCUUGGGGUCCUCCAACCAGCAGGAGUCGAGUCAGGAGUCCCUUCAGCUCUUGACCUCCGAGAAUUUUCAGCUGCUGGAUGAUAUUCUGAAUAGCGAACCGACAGGUAAUACCGACUGGGAUGCCAUGGCGAAUGACACGUUCUUGCCUCCGGGGAUUCUGAAGCAGAGUCUUGGGGAUGCGACACUUGGGAAGACGUCGAAACCAGUGGCCGACGAGAAACAACCGAAGAAGGGAAAGCAAAAGGGAAAUUCAUGGCUGGACCUCUUCGCUGAAUUGGAUCCCCUUGCGAACAAUCCAAUCGAGAGUCUAUCCAAAUCGAGUGACAAUGCUCCAGCCUAGAUCACAAUUCAUCGAUCAUUAACACCCCAGACUGUACUUAAUGAUUUCUUCAACAUUCCAACAGCAUUUUUCAAGGUCAUUGAAUUAAUGUUUCUACCAAAGAUUUUUAAGCAUUUGAAAAUGAAAAAUUAUAUAAACUACUUCAUGUCGUUAAUCAACUAGUCACUCAUGAGUCCGCCAUUGUUUUUCAUUUGAAAAUUGAGGAUUUUAAUCUCCUAUUUUGUAAGUUUGUUUUUUUUUGGGUAUAAUGACUGUAUUCCUUUGUUGUCAGUUAAGUAUCGAAUGGUAAAAUUUACUAUACACAAAAUUAUAAUAAAAAUUGGAAAACAAAUAAUAUAAUAUAUCGAGACGGUGCAAUGUUACUGAUUAAAAAAGAAUUUGUACAGUA